AUGGCUUCCACACAUCUGAGCAAGAAACGCAUCUUAAUCAUAGGUAAAACAGGUGUUGGAAAAAGUUCAAUCAUUCGGUAUAUGGGUGGAGUCGAUAACAAUGAAAAAAAGCCAACCAUCAGCAAUAAACAGCGAGGUGAAACUUUUGAAAACACUCUAUACAAAAACGAGGAAUUCAUCUUUGCUGACACAAUCGGCUUCGGUGAAACUAACCUGGGCGGGAGGCCAUCAAACAUAAUGAUAAAGAAUUUGAUAGUUUUUUUGGUGAAUAAUAAUGAAGGUUUCAAUCUUGUCAUAUAUGUUAUUGAUAACGAUAGAAUUGACACAUAUGUUAAGAAUACCUAUCAAGUUAUUGAUUCAAUUUUAGGACCCAAUAUUCCAAAAAUUCUCGUAAGAACAGGAGACACAGCAGCUGUCGGUGAACUAAUACCACAAGAUGGUCUCGAUGAGUGGAAAAGAGAAAAUUGCACAUUCAUGAAUGGAUGCCGAGUGUCAUAUGCCAAUAUAGAUCAAAUGAUUCAAGAAAACAAGCCUGAAAUACACAUAAAAGUGGCUCAAGAAAAUAUUGAAGAAUCAAAUCGGAAACUACAAGAACUCAUCAGCCUCCAUUCAAACACGGAUGCUCAGCGGCUGUAUGACCCCAAAACAUUGCCCGACCGUCUGAAACAAACCGUCACACUAGUGUAUAAGCUAUGGAAGUUAGACGAGACAACAUUACGCUCAACACUAUGCCUGGCAUUGGUCGUUUUAAAAAACACUGAAAAAAAUAUAUUUGUAGAUUCUUCUACCCUUUAUAUGCUUUAGAAUAACUCUAAAACGGGAGCGCGAGGGGGGUCUGAGGAGACUGACAGUGAGUGCGGCUAGGAGUGAGCGCGUAACGGUAUGGGUAUGUUGCGGGUGUGGGGUGGGUCUGGAAUGGGGUGUGGGUGUGCUAGUAGAAUGACUUGAAGUAUAUCAAUCAAUACCUAUCAAGACGCGUUUCGAUAAGUGCUAAAUUUUAAACUUAGCAAUUGCUUUUGUACGGUAUGUCCCUAGAUAGGCUUUUAUCAUGCUGUUUAAUUGUAUCAUCGAGAGUUUUAUGACAAC